AAAAUGGCCCCUUUUCCUGGCUUCUAAUGGGUCAAAAUUUAGAUAUUGUCCGAUUUUGAUGAAAUUGGUAUAUAGGGAUUUUGAGGGAUGCCGAACACAAAAAUACGACUGCCGGGGCGUUUAGGGGACUUUUGUAAUGGUAUCCUAUUGCAAUUAGUACUUGAUAUAUUUGGCAUGUACAAUUUGCUAAGUCCUGUUCACUUGUGAGUCGCUUGUGCAUUUCCAUUAUGGAGGGUGGUUAAAUGAGGCAGAAGGAAAACAAGGAAACGAGGACGAUAUUUAGAGUGAACAACUAGACAGCUGUUUAGUUCAGGAAGACCUGAGUGAACUUUUAGAGAUAAGACCGUGCAGUUUGAUUCAGAUUGGAAGUGGGAAGAUUUAGAAACUAAACAUUGAUAUUAUCUUCGUGCAGUAUGGCCGAUAUGACUUUAAGACGCAUCUCGUUACUUCUGGCAUGGAUGGUCAUUAGCUUUGGUCUAGCAGCUGGAGAAACAGAUUCCAAAACGGUCGCCUCGCCUGAAUCAUCGAGGAAUAUCUCACCGUCUGUGUCUGAUCUAAUGAAACGCUUGGACGAAAUGGAACGCCGCCAUGAUGAUGACGUCAGUAUUCUUCAAAGACGCAUCGGCGCUUUGGAGAGUCAACACGCCAGCGAUGUGCGACAAAUGGGAACUCGCGAUAACAAAAUAAACAGUUUAGAAAAUCAAAUCAAACAUCUUAACGGCCUGGUCAGUAAGCUUAUUGGGAAACAAAAGUGGCCAGUGGAGAGUCUUAACAAUGCGAGUGAGGAUGGUCGAAAGGAUGACACCUUUGACACCCACCAAGAAAGUAACAGUAUGGAUAGCCGAGGUACAGACCCCGAUAGCCAGAGCAGAAUCGCCCGAGUGGCUACACCUGUCAAUAACGGUAUUGGUUUCCAUGCCAUUCUGGGACAUGUCCUAGAAAACCCUGGCCUUGGUCAAGCGAUUCCCUUUCGUAAUGUCAUCACAAAUAUCGGUAAUGCCUAUAGCUCUAACACUGGGAUCUUCCACUGUACCCAGACUGGGGUUUAUUUUUUCAGUUUCACGUUGUCCCUAUCCACAAAUGAAAGGGUAGACGGACAUAUCAAUAGGAAUGGUCAAAUGAUAUCUGCUACAACAUGCGGGAACGACUCUCACUGGAGUAGCUGCACAGGAACAGCCGUUGUUGAACUCUCCGAGGGCGACGAGGUUUGGGUAGUAAUAGUCGUCAAACAUCAAUCAUCUGUUCAUCUGGAACCAGUAUUUUCAUUGUUUUCUGGUUUCCUACUUACCUAUUCAUAAUUAGAAUGAACGCUGCUAAAGCGUACAGUUGUGUAAUUUUGGGUCCGGUUUCAUCAUCAUUCCCAAGCUGAAAGAAAAAUGUAUUUAUACAUCUAACACAAGGGAAAAUAGCUAUAGUUUCCCAUUGAACAGGAAAAUGCUUCCCUAUGGGAACAUAAUUACGUUUAGUAAUGGUCUGAAAUUGUGGAACGUUGAUGAAAUCGGUUCUGUGUAACAUGACCGUGUAUUCAAUAAAGAAAAAUGAAAUACAACUCGAUGUUUA